AUGUUUCUAGCGGCCGAGGACACACCGUUGCUCAGGACAUGGCUUAUGAACAAGCUGCCUGAAGUAUCCGAUACGGAAACAGACAUUUUGGCAGACUAUGUCUUGGCUCUGCUCGUCUCCCAGGAAGGCGACGCGGCGCACAUUCGCGAGGCAUGCGAAAGCGAAUUGCCGCAGUUCCUAAACACAGACGCCGCCCCGGAGUUUGUUGAAGAGUUGUUUGAUGUCAUCGAGCACAAGUCCUACCUCCCCGGCGCGCCUCCCCCGCCCAAGAAGCGAUCAAAGCCAAGCUUUCCCAAUCCCGUCGCGUCAUCGGAUGUUACGCCGCAGAGUGUUUCGCGAAAACGUUCAUAUUAUGAGAGAGGUGAUGCCAGCGCCUCUGGUGAACGAGAAUCUGGGUUUGGCGAUGAGCGCGCAUACAAACAGCCACGUCGAGGACAGUCGGAUUCGAGGGUGCCUGGUCCGAGAGGGUUUGGCAGUCCGAACGGCUAUCACAUGCAGCCUCUGUAUGCUCUCGAUGGUUCUCAACAAUUGCCGCCUGCGACGGCGCCAUACGACCCCAACUUCCCGCACCCACCAGCUGGUCUCCAGGACUGGCGCGGACUUCCUCCUAUGGCGGCCUAUCCUCAGGGGGCACUUCACGGUCCGCCCCACGGCCCGCGAAGGAACAGGCAGAAAUGCCGCGACUUCGCAACCAAGGGCUACUGUGCUCGCGGAAAUUCCUGCCUGUACGACCACGGCAUCGAGCCCAUCUGGCUACCGCCCAGCGGUCCCAGUGGGCCUCCCAAGUUCGAGGAAUUUGACCCUCGGGAUGCGGCAAUGAUGAUGUCGCAAAACUUCCAGCAGAUGCAGCAGCUCCUGGAGGCCUUCAACGCCGAACGAGGUAGCCGAGACGGCCGUAAGAACCGCCGAGGUGCUAAGGGUAAACGGCGCCAGAAUCGUGCCUCCUUCUCUGCGGAAGGUCCUCUCGAUGACAGAACCAAAACUACCAUUGUUGUCGAGAAUAUUCCCGAGGAGUACUUCUCAGAGGAAGAAGUCCGCAAGUUUUUUUCAGAGUUUGGCAACGUUGAACAGAUCACUAUGCAACCGCAUAAGCGGCUUGCAACCGUCAAGUACGACACGUGGGACGCUGCCAAUGCUGCCUAUCGAUCCCCGAAGGUUAUUUUUGACAACCGCUUCGUUAGGGUGUUUUGGUUUAUCGAUGAGAGAGAGCAGGCUGCAGCACGCGCUGCAAACGCAUCUGGUGAAGACCAAGAUCCGCCCGAGAUUGACUUGGAAGAGUUCAUGAAGAAGCAAGAAGAGGCUCAGCGGCAAUAUGACGAAAAGAUGCAAAAGAAGGCGGAGCUCGACAAACAACGUCUGGAGUUGGAGCAGCGUCAGCGGGAACUGCUCGACCAGCACCGAGAAGUCCAGCAAAAGCUGCAGGCGAAGCUGGCGUCCAAAAAUGGCGAUGUUGAAAACGCCGAGGGUGGCUCGUUGAACUCGGCGCUCCGUGCGCAGCUCGCUGCUCUUGAGGACGAGGCUAAGCUCCUCGGCUUGGACCCGAGCGCGACCGAUGACCCUACAACAUGGCAGUCAACAUGGCAAUCAACUAGAGGUCGCGGCAGAGGCGGGUUUGCUCCCCGUGGGCGUGGCUUCCCUUCUCGAGGCAGGGGAUCCUACCGCGGCGGGUACAGAGGUGAUGUCCAUGCCGCCUAUGCGGCGUACUCGUUGGACAACCGUCCCAAGACUGUUUCUGUCACGGGUGUGGACUUUACGUCGCCUGAGAAGGAUGAGCUGCUUCGGCAAUACCUUCUUGGCGUCGGUGAAUUUACGGAUAUCCGUACCACUGCUUUCGAGACCGAAGUCACCUUCAAGGAUCGGAAGACGGCGGAGAAGUUCUUCUACGGUCUUCCGAAGCAAGAGAUUCCUGGCAUUGAUGGUCAACUUGAGCUGUCUUGGGUGUCCAGAUCCUUGCCCCCAGUCAAGAUUACCGAGAAGGCCGUACCGAAGCGUCAGGACGCGCCCGAUCAUGAUAUGAGCACGGGCACCGGCGCCCCUAACGAGUCUUCCGCGACGGCACUAGACCAGCAGCCCGAGCAGCAACCGGAGAUGGACUAUGAUGUUGCGGACGACGAUGACUGGGGUGUCGAGUAG